AUGAGCACGCUGGAGGUGUUCCUCGUAGAUCCUGAGCCUUUGCGGAACAGUUGCACCAGCGCCGACGAUGGCAAAUUGCCGCACGGCAAUGGCGAGACUCCCGCUCAUGUCCUGGUAGAACUUUCGCAGCCCUACGAGGCUGAUAUCUUCGACCGGACAAAAGUUGAGGUUGGUCGGGUCGAUUACCUCGAUGCCAAGCUGGGUAAGGUCGUCGACGGAACCAGCGGUGGAUGCGGAUGCGGGUGCGGGUACGGCAGCCGCCAGUCGCUGAGCAGGGGGAGCGUCAGCGAGGAGGUUGUAGAGUCGCUGCAUGAGCGUCGCGUAGAACUCAGUGACCUUCUGGUAAAAGACUCGGAGCCCUGCAAGGCUGAUAUCGUCGACGGGACAAAAGUUGAGGUAGGUCGGAUUGAUUACCUCGAUGUGAAGCUUAGAAAGGUCGUCGACGAGCCCGGCGGCGGAUGCGGAUGCAGGUGCGGAUGCGGCAGCCGCAGAGCCUUCGUCGCUGCCCUCGUCUGUUGA